GCCCCUCGAUGCCGGUAUGCGCACGAUGAGUCGCUGUCCGGCCUCAUCUCCCUCUCCUCCACCCAAAUCAUUCCAUUCUCCCCAACAAAAACUUAUCGACCCCACUCCCUCUCCCUCUUCUCUCCACACCCCAACUCCACCCACCUUCUAGAUGGCGUCGACCGGCGCUCUAUCCGGCACCGGCACCGGCAGCGGCCUUUCCGGCCUCCUCCGCCUCCGCCAGACGGCGAGGGAACCCACAUACGCUGCCUACGCCACCACCCGCCCCGCUGGCUCCGUCACCGACGGCGGCAACCUCAUCUGGGGCCGACAGCUCCGGCCGGCGAUCCUCCUCGAGAGGUCCGCCGUUCUGGCUAGAAUCCCCGCUGGGAGGAGAGACCUCCUCCGGCCUGUCUCCGCCGCCGCGUCCUCUCCGGCCGAAGGAAGCGAUUCCGCCGGGGAAGCGAAGGUCGCGCCGGCAAGCUUCGCGGCCAAAUACCCGGCUCUGGUCACCGGCUUCUUCUUCUUCAUGUGGUACUUCUUGAACGUGAUAUUCAACAUCCUCAACAAGAAGAUCUACAAUUAUUUUCCUUAUCCCUACUUCGUGUCCGUGGUACAUCUGUUCGUAGGGGUGGUAUACUGUCUGGUAAGCUGGGCCGUCGGCCUCCCCAAGCGCGCUCCCAUUGACUCGAAACUCUUGAAGCUGCUUAUCCCUGUUGCAGUAUGUCAUGCUUUGGGUCAUGUGACCAGCAAUGUAUCAUUUGCUGCUGUUGCAGUCUCAUUUGCCCACACAAUCAAAGCUCUGGAACCCUUCUUCAAUGCGGCUGCUUCUCAAUUCAUCCUUGGACAGCAGAUACCCUUUACACUGUGGUUAUCCCUAGCGCCCGUUGUUAUUGGUGUCUCAAUGGCAUCCCUCACAGAAUUGUCAUUCAAUUGGACUGGCUUCAUUAGUGCCAUGAUUUCAAACAUUUCCUUCACUUACAGGAGCAUCUAUUCCAAGAAAGCGAUGACCGACAUGGACAGUACCAAUAUAUAUGCGUACAUCUCAGUCAUUGCUCUCAUUGUUUGUAUCCCUCCUGCAAUCAUUCUUGAGGGGCCUCAACUGUUGCAACAUGGUUUUAAUGAUGCAGUUGCUAAAGUAGGGCGGACAAAAUUCAUCUCGGAUCUGUUCUGGGUGGGAAUGUUUUAUCACCUCUACAAUCAGCUGGCAACAAACACCUUGGAGCGAGUGGCUCCCCUCACUCAUGCAGUUGGGAAUGUGUUGAAACGUGUAUUUGUAAUUGGUUUCUCAAUCAUAGUCUUUGGAAACAAGAUCACAAUGCAGACAGGAAUUGGAACUUGUAUUGCAAUUAUAGGAGUUGCCAUCUACUCAUACAUCAAGGCUAAGAUGGAAGAGGAGAAAAGACAAAUGAAAACUGCAUAAGCAGCAGAGCUGUCAAAAUUGAAGACUGGGUAUGGUGCUAGGUUUUGAUGUUAUAAGUGCCAGUAAAAAGAGGGGGAAAAGAAUAAUGGUGUGAGGCUGACUGCUGUAUAAAGGUCAUUUACUAUUACAUCUUCGUUCUUUUUCUUUUCUGCUGUUUGUUAUUUAACAUUGGACUAGAAACUAUUGUUAAUAUACAAGCACAAAGAAUAAUUUGUUGCACCAAGUAACUUUAAAGAGAGCCACUUGUGUAUGUAAAAAUAAGAAGCGGAUGCAUCCCACCUUUAAU